AUGGUCAAGACCGCAAACAAGCCCGCGGCCGGCGUGCCGUUCUACACCCCCGCCCAGGAGCCCCCUGCCGGCACUCCUCUCGACGCCGCCACGGCCCCGACGCUCUUUCAGCCCCUCCAGAUCCGCGACCUGCGCAUCAACAACCGCAUCUGGGUCUCGCCCAUGUGCAUGUACUCUGCCGACUAUGGCCACAUGACUGAUUUCCACCUCGUGCACCUCGGCCAAUUUGCUCUGAACGGCGCGGCCCUGACCAUCGUUGAGGCUACCGCCGUCGAGCCCCGCGGCCGCAUCUCUCCUGAGUGCCCGGGUCUGUGGCAGGACUCACAGAUUGCGCCGCUGAAGCGCGUCGUCGACUUUAUUCACUCGCAGAACCAGCUCGUCGGUAUCCAGCUGGCGCACGCCGGCCGCAAGGCCAGCACGCUUGCGCCGUGGAUUACCGAGAACCGCGGCAAGGACCUCGCGCACGAGGACGAGGGCGGCUGGCCUAACGAUGUCGUCGCCCCCAGCGCUAUUCCCUACACCGAGGGCUGGGCUACUCCCAAGGAGCUGACCGUCGAGGACAUUCACGAGCUCACCAAGAAGUACGCCGAGAGCGCGAAGCGUGCUGUCGAGGCCGGUGUUGACGUCAUUGAAGUCCACGGCGCUCACGGUUAUCUCAUUACCGAAUUCCUCUCCCCCUUGACCAACAAACGCACCGACCAGUACGGCGGCAGCUUCGAGAACCGCACCCGCUUCCUCUUUGAGACCAUCAAGGCGGUCCGCGACGUUGUCCCCGCCAGCAUGCCCGUCUUCCUCCGCAUCUCCGCGACGGAGUGGAUGGAGUACCAAUCCGAGCCCUCUUGGACCGUCGAGGACACCAUCCGCCUCGCCAAGCUCCUCCCCGAGGCCGGCAUCGACCUGCUCGACGUCUCCUCCGCGGGCAACCACCCGCAGCAGAAGAUUGAGAUCUCGCCGUACUACCAAGUCAGCAUCGCCGGCAAGAUCCGCGCGGCGCUCGAGGCCGACGGCAAGAAGCUCCUGAUCGGCGCCGUGGGCAUGAUCUCCAACGGCGAGAUGGCUCGCAGCAUCGUGCAGGCCCAGAAGGCGCAGCAGCAGGCCAACGGUCAGAACGGCGCGCAGCAGGCGGCCAACGGCGCCGCCACGGUGGAGAUUGACGAGGAGCACGGCCAGGUCACGCAGGCCGACGCCGUUCUCGUCGCCAGGCAGUUCCUGAGGGAGCCCAACUUCGUCUACAAGAUCGCCGACGAGAUUGGCGUGCCCAUCAAGUGGUCUAACCAGUACCACCGCGCGCCCAGGAGAAAGCAUUGA